GUCUUCCCCUUGCUCUAUACGAAUUAUUGCGGUUCAAACCUUCUGAUGCGGCCUUCUUCUGCCCAGCAGCUCUCCCGUACGUACGUGAUGUUUUCAGUUUCACUUUCUAGUGCCACGGCACUUUUGGAGAUGGCUUCAUAAGGUGCAUAUGAUUGGUGAACCUUUGCUUUCUGCACCUGUGUUCCUCCAAUUGAUCAUCAUGGGAGCUGCCGAAACUGUUGUGACUAAGAAGAUUUUGAAGAUAAAAUUUUCCACCCAGAAGGUUGAAGUUGAUCCUGGGGCAAGUUCAUGUGGAUUGAAGCAGAAGCUGUGUGCUGAUCUUACUUCUCAAACUCGGAUGGGUACAUCACAAAAUGCUAAAUUUGCCAUUUCGUGCUCUAAAAAGCGUGGCCCGUCAAUGGAUAUAGAUGGUCAUCCAUGUAAGAGAUGGAAAAUGGAUCGUACAGUAACACAGCAGUGCUUGGCUCUUCUGAAAGUUCUUGUUGGACAUCCAGACGGUUGGGUUUUCUCUGAGCCAGUGGAUCCUGUCAAACUUGCGAUUCCAGAUUAUUUCACUAUCAUAUCCCAUCCUAUGGAUCUGGGGACCAUAAAGUCCAAGCUGUCUAAGAAUGCAUAUGCGGGGGCUGAAGAAUUUGCAGCUGAUGUUAAAUUGACGUUUGAUAAUGCUAUGCUGUAUAACCCACCGAGUAACCCUGUGCAUCAGCAGGCCAUGGAGCUUCAUAAAAUUUUUGACACCAGAUGGAAUUUAUUAGAGGAUAAAUGGAGUUAUGAAAUGUCAAAAUAUGGAAAGGCGAAAUUACGUGGUGCGCAUGUUAAGGGAAACGACUGUAUGAAACAGAACUGCCCCAGAACGCCACCUCCUUGCAAUGCUACUCUAUCUAGGAAGCCAUAAAAGAGACGACGGAAAGGGGCUCUCUACAUGCCCAGGCUGUUGAGGUUAAGAAUGCCAAAGCUGCUGAUAACUGUGUACCGAAGUCCGUGAAAGGUCCUGGACAUGUGCAUGGUCUUGUCAAUUGCAAACCACCAAUGAGGAUAGUGGUUCGCAAAUGUGGUACUUGUGGCAAGGGCCCCUGUGGAUGUAGCCUUCAGAUGAAUUCAGUUAAUGCAUUGUCAGAUGCAUCCAUUGCUGGAGCAUUUAGCAGGGAUCUUUCCCAAAGCACUGAUGCCAGAACAGUGGACUAUCAGCCAGAGGUUAUCUCGAUUUCCCAGAUGAGCAGGUCAGAUCCAGAUUCUGAUGGUGCCGUGAGUGCUUUAGAUGAAGACAAUUUAUGUCCUAGUUCGGAGCUUGUAAUGCCUAUUACGGAUGCAACUUCUGGAGAAGAUUGGAGAUCUCAUGUUGCUGAAGCACAUCAAAUGUCACCGAAAAGAGCCCUACGUGCUGCAAUGAUUAAGGAACGAUUUGCAUACACAAUUCUGAAGGCAAAGCAUAAUACGCUUCUUGAUCAUGGUGACAAGGCUGAAUCAAUAAAGAUGAAGCGGGAAAAGGAGAGAUUGGAAAGGAUGCACCAUGAAGAGAAAACAAGAAUUGAAGCCCAGAUCAAAGAGGCUGAAGCUGCCUCCCAGAGGCAACAUGAGAUGGAAUUGAAGGAGCGAAGGCAACGGGAAAGAGAAGCCGCCCGGGUUGCAGUGCUGAAGGUUGUUGACUUUUGCUACCUUUAUGGCUUGACACCUCAAAAUCAUAAUUCUUUUCGUCCCAUCAUAAUACAACUGGUUUCCUUGGUCGAAAAAUACGAUAAUUUCAGGUUGAGAGAAGUGUUGAGAUUGAGGAGAACAAAGAAGUACUGAGAGAACUCGAGGAUCUAAGUGGGUGCAGGCUGUUGUUAGUCAGUCCAAGAGUGGGUGAGAGAGCAUACAGAGGAAGAGAAAGUGAAGGAGGAUGUGGCUUUGAAAGCCCCUUGAGCCCACUGGAGCGAUUAGGUCUGUUCUUCAAGGACGACGAGACCGACAAUGUGGAUGAGUGGUUAGAUGGUGAUGUCGAGGACGGCGAGCUGUUGCCUUGAAAAAGCCUGCAGUCCAAAAUGAUUACUGCUUGUGUUCCAUAUUAUUUUUUCUUUCUUUCCUGAGCUGCCUCCUGUUAAUAAAUAUCUUUUGCAGAGAGGAAAGGGGAAGUUUUGAUUGAUUGUAAAUGAGUAUAAUUUUGUAGUCGUUGGUUAUAGAUUAGGUUGGUUCUGUAGCGUGCACAAGUUGCACUUGUUAUGGAAUGGGUUGAAGAAUAGGUUCAGUUCGAUAUAAUGUCCAGUUAAGUUAACUGGAGUUUGAUGCUGGAUCUUGUUGCCCCUAGUCGAGAGUUCUUUUGGAACGAAAUUUCU